CACACGUGAGCACAGCCACACACAAUUGGAAGACUUUGGACUUUGGAAACAAUGCUCUGAUAACUUUUCUUAUUUGACGGCUAUCUUCAUCUUUGGUCACACUUGCUCUUAUACUUACUCAGGUGUGUUUUCAGGAAGGUUCUUGGAUUUCAAAGCAAUUUGCAGAUAACCGCAAUGAGAAGUUCUCCCCCCGCAACCUCACCUGCCGCAUAGCUGUCUGUACGUUGUAUGAUUUACUUUUGGCGACAUCAGUGACUUUCUGCUGCAGAGCCAUGUGGGUUGUUCCGGUCUUGCUGCUCGCCUUUGCCAGGAGUUCUCUGUGUCAAGACAAACUAAAUAUGUGUAUGGAUGCCAAACACCAUAAAGUAAAACCUGGCCCAGAGGGAAAACUUUACCUUCAGUGUAAGCCAUGGCGUGACAAUGCAUGUUGCACAGCAAAUACCACUGCUGAAGCCCACGAAGAUAACUCCUAUCUGUACAACUUCAACUGGAACCACUGUGGUGCGAUGAGUUCCAAGUGCAAGAGGCAUUUCAUCCAAGACACUUGCUUCUAUGAAUGCUCGCCACACUUAGGGCCUUGGAUACAAGCGGUGGAUCAAAGCUGGCGCAAGGAGCGAAUCUUGAAUGUACCUCUGUGUAUGGAGGACUGCCAUGAGUGGUGGGAGGACUGCAAAAAUGAUAUGACAUGUAAGACGAACUGGCACAAGGGAUGGGACUGGAGCUCAGGUAGUAACCAAUGCCCCGAAGGCAGCAAGUGCAGAAAGUGGACUGAUGUCUACCCAACGCCUAAAUCCAUGUGUGAAGAAAUUUGGUCAAACUCCUACCUUUAUACGAGGCACUCCAAAACAUCAGGGCGGUGCAUGCAGCUCUGGUUCACUGGACCAAACCCCAACACAAAGGUCGCUCAGUAUUACAUCAACAAUGCUCAGCAACCUCGUAGUUUUUCAUUCGCAUGGCUUCUCUUCCUGGCUAUAUCAUUUAUUUCUACACUGUUCUAAGAAGGAGAGUACAUUUUCCUUGCCUGUACCGCUUGGUUCUAGAUGAAUCAAUAAAGUUGAUUUCAAAUAC